AUGUUGAUCAUCCAAACCACAUGCCAUCGCGACUUCUCAUUUGGUCAGCUGAAUGGAAUACAAAUACAGAACAUUGAAAGAAUAAUUGGGCCAUUACUGAGUUCUGACCCUGUAGCGCUUUUCAUCAUCUCUUUCUCAAGCAUGGCCGACUUCACUCUGGGACAGCUUCAGGCCCAGAGCCCGAACGCGAAGGCCACCCAGACGCCAGAGAACGCAGAACAGGGCGAGGCUCGGCUUAACAGCCUUUGCCCUGGUCGCGAGUCGCUGCCGCUCGUUGCCCAGGAACAGCUGCGUGCACAUGCUCAUCGUCGCGAGGUCGCUGUCAGUUUCAAACAUACCCUGGGCCAAUGUCGCCUGGCGCUCACCUACAGCGUGGUCGGCUGGGCUGGGACUCUCGAGAAGAACAAGAUCCCCACAUCCAUCGCCAACGCCCCCUCGAUCGCUGCCCUCAACAACCGCAUCGACACCCUCGAGCGAGCCCUGGAGCACUUUCUCCCCCACCCUUCCGACGCUGACUUCACCCUCGGCGCCGACAACCUCUCCCGCAUCGAGUACGCGCGCAUCCGCCUCCUGAACAUCGAGCCCGGCGUCCGCUCCGUCCGUCACAUCGGCCCCCUCCUGGAGGAAAUUGAGCGCGAGGCCCGCGCCGCGCGCAUCAUCCCGCCCCAGGACCAGAACGGUUGGGCCUGGAACUGGACCUAUGAUGACUGGUUCCGGUGGGAUGGGGAGGCCAAGAAGUGGGUGGCUGCUACCCAGAGCUGGAGGCUGGACUAUUUGGUGUGA